AUGACCUCAGAACAGUUAAAGUCAGGGCAGAGACUAGGUGUUACUGGAGCCAAAAGCUUGGCCAUAAAAGGUGGAAUUGUCCAUAUAGGCCAAGAACAAGAGCAUUACCCACUGGGUCCAGGAAGUUUCACAUUCCGUAGCUUGGUUCAUUUGGGAAUGUGGGCAAAACUCAGAAAACAGGACUUUCUGAGUUUUGGCCUCAUUUCUGGCCUCAGUACAUCCCAGCAUAAAUGCUUUGAUAAAUACCCCCUACAAGGAGAGCAGCAAACAUUACAGAGAAAGCUGACAAUCUCACAUGUGUGGCUGGAGAUGGGCAAUGACAGCUCUGUGACAGAAUUUAUCCUCCUCGGAUUUCCAGCUCUUCUCUCCGUACAGAUCGCAUUAUUUUACACUUUCUUUGUGUUUUACAUAUCGACCCUUACAGGAAAUGUUCUCAUCAUCCUUGUAACCUCAGCCAGCACCGAGCUCCACACCCCAAUGUACUUUUUCCUCUGCAAUCUGUCUUUCCUUGAGAUAUUUUACACAUCCGUAACCAUCCCGAACAUGCUCCUUAAUUUCAUAAAGAAGAACAAUUCCAUUUCUUUCUCUGGUUGUUUGGCCCAGAUGUAUUUUUUCAUUGCUCUGGGUAGCAUAGAAUGCACAUUGCUUGCCGUUAUGGCUUAUGACCGAUACAUCGCCAUCUGCAACCCACUGCAUUAUGUUACACUGAUGGACCUUUCUAGAUGCAUAAUGUUAGUCUGCAGCUCCUGGAUCAGUGGGUUCAUCAAUUCCAUAUUCCACACUAUAUUUAUCCUCCGUCUCAACUUCUGCUCCUCCAAUAGUGUUAACCAGUUCUUUUGUGAAAUCCCCCCUUUAUUAAAGUUGGCUUGUGGCAGUACAUGGCUUAAUGAGAUUGUUCUCCUCAUUGUUGGAUCAGUUUAUGGACUUGGGUCUUUCCUAUUAACAUUCAUCUCUUACAUUCAUAUUAUUUCCACCAUAUUGAAAAUCAGAUCUAAAGAAGGACAAAGAAAGGCCUUCUCCACUUGUGCAUCCCAUCUCAUUGUUGUAACAUUAUUCUUUUUAACAUGUUCCUUAGCUUAUUAUAAACCUCCUUCUAAGAACUUAUUGGAGGAGGAGAAAUUUGUUCCUGUGGUUUAUGCUGUAAUUACACCAACACUAAACCCCAUGAUAUAUACCUUGAGGAACAAGGAAUUCAAAAGUGCAUUAAGGAAAAUGAUAAGUCUUGCAUAA